AUGUUGCCCCUCGAAGGUCGCAGCCAGUCAAUCUUCAUCAUUACUGCUAUCUUUCUUGGAAUUUCUUUCAUUGCCGUGUGUCUGCGAUGUUUUGUGCGGCUUCGACUUGUCAAGGCCUUUGGCUGGGAUGAUGCCUUAAUGGUAUGCGCAAUGUUGUUGAACAUUUUGUUCGCUGUAUGCGGUAUCACUGGCUCAUUGUAUGGUAUCAGACAAAAGCUCGACACGCUCAUCGAGAGGGGUACGAUGGAAACUGCGAUGUUUUGGUGGUGGCUUGGUCAAACUAGCUAUGUCUGGACUUGCGCGCUGGCCAAGCUCUCUAUUGCAUGCGCCCUUCUCCGGUUGACGGUUUCCAAGCCCCAUAAAUUUGUGUUGUGGGCUGUCAUUGGUGUUACGUGUACCGUUGGCAUUAUCUUCUGGUUCAUGUUGACACUACAAUGUCAACCGGUUGAGUUCUUUUGGCAACAAGUUCGCCUUGAAAUGGACCCUGAAUCCGAGGUUUCUGGCACCUGCAUGGAGCUCGAUCAUAUCAUUGCCAUAGCCUAUGUCUACAGUAUCACUGCAACCCUCUGUGAUCUGACCCUGGGUCUUUUGCCUAUUGCCCUAGUGUGGAACUUACAGAUGAACCUAAGGACCAAGUCUGCCUUGGCAGGCAUUCUCGGAAUGGGAUGCAUUGCAAGCGCAGCAGUCAUCGUUCGCAUACCAUUCUUGCAUGACUACAAGGACAGAGACUUUCUAUACGCAACCGCCAACAUCUCAAUCUGGUCUAACGUCGAAGCCGGCCUCGGAAUUGCCGCAGGAAGUCUAGUAACCCUCCGACCCUUGUUUCGCUGGUUCCGCGACCCCAGCUCAAUGGGCGGAAGCAGGAGCAAGACAAAACACACCGGCGGUAGCAUGCCCCUCUCAAGCGUGAACGGAGUGCACUCCACCACGUCCGGCCCGCAAUAUUGGCGGCCAGAUCUAGACCGGGAAGAUCAGCCUGCAGUGAUUACGACGAUUCACACCUCAAAUGGAUCUGACACAAGCCGGACAAGUAGCCAAGAAAAUCUCAAUCCGACAAACGGCGGCACAUUCUUCCAGGGGGUGAAUGUCCAAAAGACAUUUUAUGUUUCGGAGGAUCAGUCAUCAUGA